CAUUGACGAGCAGCCGAAAUCUUAAAAGCACGUGCUCGAAAGAAUUGCCGCAAAUUUCAGUCUUGAGUUUUGAUCUGGCAAGUCAAAGUCGCACUUACUUAUUUCCAAAGAAUUACCAUAUUUUGCACAAAUUGUACAGUUUUCUUUACCGUCUUUUUUGGGACGUUUUGAAAUGGGGGUUAUUACAGAUGAGUCCGCAAAUUGCACUGAUAUGGAAAAACUAACAAAAUUUUCUGUAUCAGUAGCGUUGCGGCAAUUGGUCGAUCUCGGAUCAACCAGUUCUGAAAUAGCUAAAUUAAACAGUUAUUUGGGUAUGAAAAAGUGGAGCCCGUUCGUGGCAGAAAAAUGUUUGGAGGAUGUGGCUCAUCUGCUUCUAUUUGAUAAGACUGGGUUUUUUUAUGACAUUGUUCGCAUAUUUUCCCCCAUUCUUAUUGAACUAGUACAACGAGCAUCAUGCAUUCAGAUAUCACCUGAACUGAAGCACGAUCUGAUUUGUGCUUUAUUUGGGAAACUUAUCAUCAGAAAUAAGGGGGUUUUACAAUUCAUUAUGCAAUACUUCAGUAACAAUCCUUCACCAUUCCAGUAUAAAUCUGGGUUAGAACCACCACAGAAGAAACCUAAAAAAGAAGAAACAUGUGGAGUGUCAGAGCUAGAGCUUUGUUUGGCCAGCUUUAACCUACUCCAAGCAGCUCCAGAGCAUUUUAAAGAAAUGUGGGAUUGGUCUUGUUUUAUCAAGAAAUUUGCAAAUUGUUCUGAUCCUGAGAUCAGGUGGCUGGUAUGUCAGACGGUGGCCAAAUUGAACAAUUUACCUGAAUUGGAAAAGCUCAAGCUUGUCAUGCAAAGUGUCUCUGGAGAGCAAAACAGAAUAUUCAGCUUGAAGUAUUUUAUCAAAGAAAAAAAUUUGCAAGAAGAUUCAAGACAUUCUGUGAAAGAUGAUAGAAUUACGAGUGAAAUUAGUAAAAGCAUUCUGUCAAAAACGAUCGUUGACGUUGAAGGUGUUCUGCUACCCUGUUUUUCACAGGACCAACGUAAAGGGGAGACGGUCGUCCCUGUGACUUCGACACGCAGCCACCUACAGAACUUGGCCCUUGCAAUCACUUCCAAUUUACCAGUCCUUAUAACUGGCCCGGUUGGAUGUGGGAAAACGACAUUAGUUGAACACGUGGCUGCUCUCACUGGUCGGACUGUCCAUAAUCAGGGGCUAUUGAAAGUUCAGCUAGGUGAUCAAACAGAUGCCAAAGUACUUCUAGGUACAUACCAUUCAACUGACAUACCUGGCGAAUUCGUCUGGACUGCUGGCGUACUCACUCAGGCUGUGCGUGAGGGCCGCUGGCUACUUUUGGAAGAUAUUGACUACGCGCCAAUGGAUGUCGUGUCCAUGCUGCUUCCUGUCGUGGAAUCAUCAACACUUAACGUUCCAGGUCAUGGCGACGUUAUUCGAGCGGCUCCCGGUUUUCAACUAUUUGCAACUCAGCGGACUCACGGGCAGUUUGACGGGCAUGCCGUUAACGCUGCCACGAUGCUCAAGAAGGUGUGGAGACGUCUUGUCGUUGAGCCGCUGUCGCGCAGUGAGCUCCAAACUGUCAUAGACUCGCGUUUCCCAUCGCUGAGCCCUCUCACCGAAAAACUGCUGGACGCGUACUAUUUGCUCAGUGAAAAUCAGGCUAACACGCGCCUAACUGUCAAUGACCGCUCUCUAUCUCCGCGUGACUUCUUCAAAUGGUGCAACCGUAUUGCGGCAGAAUUCCAACAGGACAAUACUUCGCUAACUUCAAUCACUUCACAGCUGUCAAUCUUCCAAGAUGCUCUUGACUGCUUUGUCGCGAGUGUUGCUAAUGGAGAGCGACGCCUCCAGUUGGCAGAAGAUAUCGGUGCCAAGCUAAAUAUGAUUAAAGCUAAAGCAGAGUUCUAUUGCCACUCAUAUAAGCCAGUCUUCAACAUGUCUGACGAUACAGUUGGUAUCGGGCGAGUAUCUCUUAAACGUUUCAAGACACAUGACACAGUUGUCAAAUCAACUUUUUCGUGGACAAGAAAUUCAUCCGUACUUUUAGAGCGGUUAUCAGCCUGCGUCCGCCAGUUGGAGUCGGUCCUGUUGGUAGGAGAAACGGGUACAGGCAAAACUUCUUCCGUGCAAUAUCUUGCCCAACUGCUUGGCCACAAGCUACUGGUCAUUAACUUGAACCAACAGAGCGAUAGUGCUGAUCUUCUCGGAGGCUACAAACCAGUCGAUUUAAAAUGGAAAAUUUCGCCGAUUCGCCAUGAAUUCGAAAGGCUUUUUCAAGAGACGUUUAACUUACAGCAGAAUGCCAAAUUCUUGUCGCACAUUGCAACCUGUUUUGCCAAUCGACGAUGGAGCGAUUUGCUCCGAUUAAUGACUCACAGCCAGCAAUCAGCGAUUAAGCGUUGUACUCCAGAAUUACUACCUGCGUGGGAACAGCUCGGUUUUCAGUUGCAACAGCUUCGAUUACAAAUUCGACAUGCCGAUAGCGCUCUGGCUUUCUCGUUUGUCGAGGGAAGUUUGGUGAAAGCACUAAAACAAGGCGAUUGGGUUUUAUUGGAUGAAAUCAAUUUGGCUACGGCUGAGACACUAGAGUGCCUAUCAGGCUUGCUAGAAAGCCAUGAAGGGUCACUGUUCUUGCUGGAACGAGGUGAUCGCGAACCUGUCAAGCGCCAUCCAGACUUUCGUUUAUUUGCUGCCAUGAACCCGGCCACGGACGUCGGUAAAAAGCAAUUGCCCACUGGGCUCCGCUCUCGCUUUACCGAGUUCAUCGUUGAUGAGAUCACUAGCCCACAUGACCUGGCAACACUGAUCGGUGACUACUUAAGGGAAUUGAACCUGACAGCCGUUCAGAUCGAAGGGAUCGUGCGCUUUUAUACGGAAAUCCGUGGGGAGGCGUUACGUAGUCUUGCAGAUGGAACUGGUCGCCAGCCGCAUUUCAGCCUUCGUACGCUAUGCCGUGCUUUGGUUGUGGCCGCUUCUAAUCCUUGCGGAAGUGUGGCCCGUUCUCUUUACGAAGCCUUUUGUUUGAGCUUUCUGACGCAGCUGGAUCGAUCGUCUCAUCCAAUCGUUGAAAAACUAGUUGUCCGGUACGUUGUCGGCAAUAAGAACUUGAAAUCGGUUAUGGGCCAGGCCCUUAUUCAGCCCAAAGCUUUGUGGAAUGGCCAAUCAGAAUCAAUCCAAGUCGAAGGCUAUUGGAUACCAAAAGGCGACCUGGAUCCCAAUGAGCCCAAGAACUACAUUAUAACGGAUUCUGUCAAAUGCAACCUUAAAGAUUUGGUACGAGUUGUUUCGCUCGGCCGUUUGCCGGUGCUCUUGCAGGGCGAAACCUCAGUCGGCAAAACCUCUUUAAUUGGAUACUUGGCUCAACUAACUGGCAAUAAAUGUGUUCGCGUCAACAAUCACGAACACACCGACUUACAAGAAUACGUGGGAUCCUACACGGCUGAUCCCACAACGGGGAAAUUGAUUUUCCGCGAGGGCGUUCUGGUAGAUGCCAUGCGUCAAGGUUAUUGGCUAAUUCUGGAUGAGUUGAACCUUGCCCCCAGCGAAGUGCUCGAAGCCCUCAACCGUUUACUCGACGACAAUCGUGAACUGUUUAUUGCCGAAACGCAGGAAACAAUUAAAGCCCAUCCACGUUUCCUAUUGUUUGCGACCCAGAAUCCUCCCGGCGGGAAUUAUGGUGGCCGCAAGCUUCUCUCCCGCGCUUUCCGUAAUCGUUUCGUCGAGCUACAUUUUAACGAUAUCCCUUCGCAAGAAUUGGAGACCAUUUUGCACCGAAGAUGUGACAUGCCCCCUUCAUAUUGCAAGCGCUGCGUAGCCGUCAUGGUGGAGUUGCAACUCCGACGUAGAGGUAGCGCAGCCUUUGCUGGAAAACAAGGCUUCAUGACGUUACGUGACCUCUUCAGAUGGGCAGAACGCUACCGUUUGGCAACCGCAGACCGUUCGGCAACGUUUUAUGAUUGGGAUCAACAUUUAGCCGACGAAGGUUAUUUGGUGCUGGCCGGACGUGUACGCAAAGAAGAAGAAGCUCUCGUCAUCCGCGAAGUCUUGGGAAAACAUUUUAAAAGGACAGUGGAUCCACAACAUCUCUUCACGUUGUCAGACAAAACUUCACCGGUUACUCGGCCCAUCUUGGAAUCGCUCCAGUGCCUGGAAGGAUUUGAUCACCUAGUUUGGACGUACGCGUUAAGGCGCUUAGCUGUCUUGGUUGCGCAAUCGCUCCGGUUUGUCGAACCUGUCCUUUUGGUGGGUGACACCGGAUGCGGCAAAACGAGCGUGUGUCAAUACCUUGCUGCACAAAAGAGCUGUCAACUAAUGACCAUCAAUUACCAUCAGUACAGCGAAGGAUCCGAUUUUCUCGGAGGUUUGAGACCUGUGAGAAACCUCCGAGACCAACAAUCGGAAAGCGGAGUCGUUGACCGCCUAUUUGAGUGGGUAGAUGGCCCGCUUGUAUUAUCGCUGCUCGGAGGCCAUUACUUCCUUGCUGAUGAAAUAUCGUUGGCCGAUGAUAGCGUGUUGGAGCGACUUAAUUCGGUUUUGGAACCGGAGCGAAGCCUUUUAUUAUCGGAGAAGGCCGGAUCUGGAGAGCCUGAAGUGAUCAAAGCUGCAGAUCGAUUCCGAUUUUUGGCCACAAUGAACCCCGGUGGAGACUACGGCAAGAAGGAGCUGUCCCCUGCUCUUCGCAAUCGCUUGACAGAAAUUUGGUGCCCAAUGUCAAGAGACCGACAAGACAUAAUCGACAUUGCCGAUCACAAUCUCAAGCGGAAAUGGAUUACGACACCAGACGGCAAUAAAAUAAGCAUCGCCAUUUGCAUUGUCGAUUUUGUUGAAUGGUUCUCCAAGUCGGAGACUGGAAGGAAGUCCACUGUCAGCAUUCGCGACAUUUUAUCCUUGGUCCAAUUUAUUAACGCUGUGACGCAACUUGAUCCGGCCUCCGCUUUUGUUCAUGGAGCUUGUCUGGUGUUCCUGGACUCGUUGGGCAACCGUGCCGUCGUGGAAGAAGCCAUCCGACGUCUUGCAGCACCUUUUAGCAGCCAAGUGAACAUCGCAGCUUUGAUGGGUCGUUCUGUUUCGGGAUCCAUCGUCAAACUUCAUCAAGGACUGUUUGGCAUCGAUCCUUUUUUCAUCGAAAUGGGAUGUAAAUCACCGAGCCAAAGCUCGUUCACAUUUCAAGCGCCCAGCACAUCUGCAAACCUAAUCCGUCUUCUAAGAGCUUUGCAAUUAAAGAAACCACUCCUGCUUGAAGGUAGUCCUGGAGUUGGAAAGACCAGCUUGGUGGCCGCCUUGGCUGAGGCCACUGGACACGAUCUUGUUCGUAUCAACUUGUCUGAACAAACGGAUGUAUCUGAUCUCUUUGGAGCCGACUUGCCGGUUGAAGGGUCUGAAACGGGCGGCAGAUUUGAAUGGAGAGACGGGCCGCUAUUGCGCGCCCUUAAAGAAGGUCAAUGGAUUGUACUAGACGAACUCAAUUUGGCAUCACAAUCCGUACUCGAAGGCUUGAAUGCAGUUCUUGAUCAUCGUGGGGAACUUUACAUUCCGGAGUUGGGUCGUAGCUUUCACGUCCGACCGCAGAUGACUAAAUUGUUUGCUUGCCAAAAUCCGCUAAAACAAGGGGGAGCUCGUAAAGGCCUUCCCAGAUCGUUUCUCAAUCGAUUCACCCAAGUUUACGUCGAUCCACUAUCGGAAGAAGAUCUGCAAUUUAUUGCUCGCGCUGUUUAUCCGCAAAUCGAUCCGGCCGUCAUCGUUAAAAUGGUCGAUUUCAACGAACAACUUGUCAAAGAGGUGACUCAAUCGGGCCAAUGGGGUUUACGAGGUGGUCCGUGGGAAUUCAAUUUGCGCGAUGUUUUCCGCUGGUGCGAAGCGAUUCAGGCAAGCCAAUCGACCAAUCCAGGCCAAUUUGUUGGUUUGAUCUAUGCCGACCGGAUGCGAAGUCUUCAAGAUCGUGAAACGAUGCUGCAGACAUACGAACGCAUUUUUGGAAAUGAAUUUCCAAUCCCGCGCGGUCAUGACCUUCACGUGUACCUCACAGAAAGUUGGAUCCAAGUUGGAAGCGCCGUUUUAACUCGAGGGGGCCACAGCGGUGACUUAAUCGGUGGCCAAGAACUGUUGAUUCUUCAAAGAAACUUGAGACCCCUCGAGUCAUUGAUGCAUUGCAUCGCUCUCAACUGGAUGACGAUCAUGGUUGGCCCGAGGGCCAGUGGGAAAACGAGCCUGGUGCGUUUGGUAGCCCAGCUGACCGGCCAUCCCCUCGACGUCCUGAAUACCAACUCAGCGAUGGAUACAACUGAACUUCUAGGAGGCUUUGAACAAGGAGAUGUCAAUCGCACUCUGGAAGAGUUGGCUGCCCAAGUGGAUGGACUCGUCCGUCAAGCUGUCCGCCAUCGCCUCGCACAGUCUGUGAAUAAUCCGGCUGUUGUUUCACUACUCGAAUCGUGGGAGUCUUACAACAAAUUAUCGAUUGCUGGCCAAGAAGUUGUCCGCACCACCGUGGAUGAAGCCCAGCAUGUGGAACGGCGUGCACAGUUGCUGGAAAAAGUACUGCAACUCUUGGAUGACAACCCUGAACUCUCCGCCAGUGCGGCACAGAUAAAAACAAAGCUGGACAAGGUUGUCCAGCAAGCCGUCCGAGGUGUCGGCGUCAGCAGCAGUGGAGGAUGUUUUGAAUGGGUAGACAGCAUGCUGGUCAAAGCGCUACGUCACGGACAUUGGCUCCUGGUGGAUAACGUCAAUUUAUGCAGUUCUUCGGUGCUGGAUCGACUCAAUGGAUUGCUGGAACCUGGCGGACAUUUGGCCCUGAGCGAAAGAGGUGUCAUUGAUGGCAACAUUCCCAUAGUCAAACCUCAUCCAGAAUUCCGCCUCUUCCUGGCCAUGGAUCCACGACACGGUGAAAUAUCCCGUGCUAUGCGAAACCGCGGAAUAGAACUCUACUUGCCCGGCUCGGAAGAGCAAGAAUUUUCGGAAAAUGACCUGGCCUCGGUCCUUUGCGCGGCCGGAUUGACGAAUCCUUUGCUGCAACAGAUUCUCCUUCACUUCCACCAGUGGCUCUGCCGGGAUUUGCUUCCGAUCGGAGAACGUCCUACGCUGACGGAAUUGGUUCAAGCGGCCACUUUAACUGCCCAGCGAUUGCAAAUGUUCACCACAGCCAAUCCGCUUUCCUGCCUCGAUGACUCGUGUGCCGAAGUGUACCUCAGGAAUAUUCGAUCGCCGCAAGACAAGGAGGCCGGCCGUCUCGUGCUGGCCACCCUCCUGCAGAGCGCUUUUACGGGCGAAGCCCAAACCGACCGCCAUCCGGCUCCUAGCGCCCUAUCGACACGACAAAUUCAACUUUCUUCCGUUUUGGCUCGUAUUAGGCAAGCCUCCCUAUUGGUGCAGCAACUUGCCGAUACGGAUGCCCGUCAAGACGCCGUCUUGUUUCUAUAUUUGACGGCCAGCGGAAAAGACGUCGACUGGAGGAAAGAUUGUAUCGGGAAAACGACGUCUUCUGAAACACUCAGCAUCCGCCUGGCAGAAAUACUCCGCACACAGCUAACGAACUCCUCCGAGCUUCCGUGGGAUCCUCGGUGGUUUGGCAACAUCUGUCGGCAUCAUUUCAACGCGGACGUGAAUGUAGAAGACGGCCAGGCUCUUCUCAACAAUCGAGUCUCUUUGGCUUUGUUUUGGGCAGCCUGGAACGCAUCCAGGGCGGAGAUUGCUCAUCCGCCAGGACGUACGUUAGCCGCACUCAGCCGUGCCAUCGAGGCUGGAACGCUGGCCGAAGAAGCUGCGCCGGAUAAACUUUUAGUGUCCAUUCCGCGGUUCUUAAGUCGACUGGAUGAAGUCGUUCAGCGACUGUUCUCUGCCGCAGAAGUUCAACUAACCAACAAAGACUGGGCAGAUUUAAUGGAAGCCCUCGAAAUGAGACGACACAUGCUGGAUGUUGAGGCACUCUCCGUGGAUAGCGAUGAGCUGGAAACAACUCUAUCCCGAAUAGCUCAGUACUGGUCGUGGCUGUUGAAACGGACGGUGCCGGUCAUUUCGGCUUUGCUUCAACGUUUCCCCGUGGCUUCGUUGGACAUGCCAAUCGAAGUGGACCGCAGUCAAGCUGUUGUAUUGUCGCGCCGGUUGCGCCGUUGGCUGGAACAGCGCGUCGAACCGUUUGUGGACGAAGCUCAUUCACAGAGAGCACGUCUAAUUGCAUCCAUUCUGGCAAGUUGUUGUCUGCCAGCCGUCGUCGUGUCCGCGCAAGGUUCGCAGUUAGUGCGCAGCGUUGGCCGUGUCAUUUGCGAAGGCGAUAUUGACAAGUUGACGCAACUGGAACGUGAAUUGAAUCGCACCUCGUUGGAAGCGGUGAAAGCAGAUGACGCUCCUCAAUUGCACGUUCUGUCACUGGUGGAUCACGUCGCGAUGUUGGGACAUUAUCGCCAGCCCAGCGACACCCUCUGUGGAUUGGUGUCAGCUGGAGGAACCGGAAGCGCAGCUUUAUUCCAGGCUGGCCCUCUUCCGUGGAUCGAGUCGCAUCUGGCUCAUUGGGAAAUUGUGACGAGAAUGUCGUGGAGCCGUCGCGAACAAUAUCAGGCCGUUUCGCCCCUUUUUUCUGCCAUCGCCGCCAAUGUGAUUGAAGGAGAUGGCCAAGUUCCUCUCGGCCAGUCGGAAGAGAAACGGGCGCGAUUAAAGAUGCUCAAGGAAGUGCUGUGGAUCAACGCGGACAAGCUGCAAAGGCCCGAUUUCGAUCCGAUGCUCAAUGAUCAUCGUUUGGCCGUCCAAUCCAUUCAACACCUGAUCCAAGGCGUAUGUCACGCUCUGCGCGUGGCGGACUCGACCGGCCUGGAUUCCUGGAAUCGCCUGGGAGUCCAUUCGCAAGUCAUCGAAACAACCAAACGGGCCAGGGAUUACGUUGAAAACCCGUGUGACGUGGGAUCGCUUUGGCUCUUGCAAGGCCUGGCUCGUUGUCUGCUUUUGUCCGCUGGCGACGAAGUGGAUCCGGUGGAAAAGCGCAAACUCAAGGCCGAGCUCAGACGCCGGGAAGCGGACAAAGUGCAUGCAUUUUUACGAGUUCACAGAUUGCACCAUCAACUGGUCGUUGGCGGUGAUUUAAUGAUCGAUACUCAACACCCACACGUCCGCCACCUUGCCGGUCUUAAAGAACGGCUGGACGUAAAACUGGACCAAGAGCGGACGCGUAAACCCACUUGGCGUCCCGAGUUAUCGUUGUUCCAGCAACUUGUCAAAGACAUUCGCCACUACGUCAACUCCGUAGCCUCGCCCAAGUCGGUGAUGGCCCUUCACGACAAACUGCGUGAAUUUCAAAGCGGCCGCGACCAGUCCGGCAUGAUCGUUUCUCAAGCGGAAUUGUGGUUGGCUGCCCAGCGCAGCUUUUACCAAUCGCUCAAAAACAAAUACGUUGAGUAUCCGGACAUAAUCGUUCCCGUCUUGUCCGGCAUCGCGCAAAUGAUCCAUGGCGCCGAGUUGUUGGUGCGAAACGUCAAGGCCGUCGCCUGGAGAACAGACUUUGGUGACGACAAUCCAGAUUGGAGCGAUUCUAUUGCCGACCUGUUUGAUCGCCCGUCUCGGCUUGCCGCCGAACAACCUGCUGGUGUCGUGGCUCUGGCGCAGCUUUGCACUUCGACCGAAGUAGGCCGGCUCUUUGACGCCGUCUUCGAGUAUCCAACGGAUCGAAAUCGAAACAAGAAGACGCUUCUCUUCUCCGCCUUGAAGGACAUUGAACGAUACACGUUCCACGCCCAGCGGAUCAACCCGCACGCGUGGAAAACACAGACUGCCAUUCUGGACGCGUUGGUGUCGUCGUGGUCUGCAUCGGAAGAUCGCCGGAAGCAACGCGAAUUGGAAAAAGAAAGCCUUUACAAGAGCCGGACGAUACAUCACGAGGGAGAAGUAAGCGAUGCGGAGGCAGAAAAACGGGCGCUGGAACAGUUUUUCCCGUCGUACGAUUCCGAAUUCAAGGAAGAAAGCGGGCCGGUAGCCAUGGAAACAGACGAAUCGGAACAGGACGAUUUGCGCGAUUUCGAGCUCACUCCGCAAGACCAGCAAUUCAUCUGUGAGCGACACGUGUCCUUGUUACUCCGCUGGGCACGUUCCGUCUUCAUCAGCGCGUCGGAUGAGUCGGCCACAUUACCUUCGUCCGCCGGAGGCUUUUCGAUGCGUUACCCGCUACUCGGUCGCAUUACCGCAACUCUUGAGCCCUGUUUGAGUACACAAUUCGAUCGUCGGUUAAUCGGAGCCCAUGUGAUCUUUUUGGAACAUGUGCUGAGGAACGGACAGGCGGAAGGUCUUUCUAGCGACAAAUUAGAUUUUUACUACGAUUCACGCAUCGAUGAAGCCGUCCAGUGUCGACCUGUGCUGGAACAUUUACGAGUGAGGAUCGUUGACCUACUGAGUCAGUGGCCCGGCCACGCCACCCUGAUGGAUGUGGCCAAGUUGAUCGAUAGAAUCCUUUCGUUCGCCGUCGACAGUCCAAUCAUGAAACUAGUGACGGGCCUGGAAAUGCUGCUGACCAAGUGUCAUGAAUGGGAAGCCAAUGCCCAUCGGGGCGUCUCCAUCAGUGAUGAUAUUCACGCCCUGUCACGUCUCAUAUUGCGCUGGCGGACUCUCGAGUUGGACGGCUGGAAGUUGUGCCUCGACAACGUUGAAAAGCGGGCAGCAGGUACGGCUUCAAAGUAUUGGUUUCAUCUCUAUUCGACCAUCACGUCGUUGCUGAAUGACGAGACGGGCAUGGCGGAAUUGACUCCCAUCCAAUCGACGUUGCGUCAAUUCAUGGAAAGCGCAACGCUGGGUCAGUAUGAAAUGCGGUUGCGGAUGCUUCGAGCGUUUGCUUGUCACGUCGCUCUAUCCGGCCGGCACGAACCCCUUUUGCGUCUGUUGUGGCACGCCGUCCUCUUUUACGGCCAAUUCCUGCCACUGGUAAUCAAACGGAAAACUUCGCUACGACAGCCCAUCGAUAAAAAAGUCAAAGAUUUCAUCAAAAUUAUGCGCUGGAACGAUAUUAAUUACUACGCGCUGAAAGAGGCCGUCCACAAAGCGCACGCGACGUUGCACAGGCACAUGAAAGAGUGGCAUGACAUACUGGAACAGCCGGCCAAGAUCGUGUUGAGCGAGCCGGGCGUUGAAUUGGAAACGGAAACUGUUUCAUCGCUUGUACCCAUCACUGUUGAGCCUUUUAUUGGCAACGCCCAGUCUAUGGCCGCUUUUGAUGCUGUUCCGCUGGCCGAACAUUCUGUUCUUUCUCGGCUGCCCAGCCUUUACGCCAAGAGUCUGAAUCUGUGUGGAAAGACUCUACGCAAAUCGCCUUUCCAGCGACGAAUCCAGGCUGUCGACGAUUUGGUGGGAACGGUCAUCAGCUCCGUCAAUCAGUUGCAGCGAUUGAAGGUCAUCAGCAGCGGAGCAGACAAGGAGCGACAGAAAAACGAAGCUAAAUCCAUCAGCAUGCGGAAGAGGAAAUCGUUGUAUCAACUGUUCCGCAGUCUCCAGCAGAUGGGCAUUUCUUAUCGCAAAGGAACGUUUCUCUGGAGUCAAGACAAGGCGUUGUCAUCUCUCGAGAUUGUCUUACCCAUCCUCGACGUGGAGGCCAGCUUGGAACACUUGCCGGAACGCGCAACUCAUUCCGUCAUUCGAAACGCCUGGAAUAAAGGACCGCAUUACUACACCCGUUGUCUGGCGCGUUUGGCCAUUUCGGCCAAAUUGCUGGAGAAGCCAUCCUCUGAACUUGGCCCGGCCACGGUGGAACGCCUGAAAGGAUUCGCCGCUCAAUUUAUGAGCGUUGUACAAGACCAAUGGACAAAAUGUUCCGAAACGUUGGACAAACUGGUCCACUUGCGGAUGCUGACGGCCCAACUGAACGGCUUCCGUUCUUCCCCUGAGCCUGUUCCGGAAUGUUUGGCGGUCGUGAACGACCUGGAUCAUCUGUGGCAACUCGUAGUGGAUGCCCUAGCCGUCCUGGAAGAAUUUGAAUCGUUGAUGAGAGCUUGUCCGUCUGGAGUUUUCGACGUCGUUCAGCUUCGUCUCGAAGAUGGUACCACCAAACCGGUGACGAAGGAGGUCGCAACAUAUCUAUCAUCUUUACGGGCUCAACUGGCCAGCAAGUUGGUGGAAGUGCGCCAAGAUCUGGAGAAACACUUUCAUCUCUACCGGAUCGCAUCCACCUCUUCGUGGCUUUUCAGUAGCGAUCAGUGGCAUUGCAUUGUCCGUGGCUUCAAAACGAUCGACGAAUCGCAGAGCCUACUGGAACAGAUGGUUUCGGUUGCAGGUCCGCAGAAUUUUGGAUCUUCCCUGGAACAUCUCAGGCGCAGGUUCAACGCCGCCGUUCAAGGCUUUCAAUCGCAGAAAAUCUCCAGACAAAGUAUGGAAUCCAGAGUGGAAGCAGCGGAUGUCGACAAACUCUGCCAAUCCGUCCUUCAUGGAAUUCAAGAAAUUUUCAAGAAAUACAACGAGACGGGCGAACCCAAAGCUGAAGAAGACGAAGCCGAAGACGACGAUUUCGAAGUAGAUCAUUUGACAUCCAAAUUAGUAUCGGAAAUGGAAACAGACUUGUCCAAAAUGUUGAGGCUGGAUGGAACGAUGGCCGAGAUGUCACGGCUCGUUGAAAUGGUCAAAGACGAUAGCUAUCAUGCCCGCCUCUUGUCGCAAUGCGCUCCCGUUUUCGAUCAGUACGUCUUUGUCGUCGAAUAUUACUUGAGCUCGCAGCUGGCGACUCUGCGCGCUUCAUCCAAACUGUUGUCGGUCCUCCUGAACGUGUUCAACCAACUGCUGGAAAAAGGUUUCUGUUUGCCGUCCGAGCUGGACGAUUCCAAAGAAGGCGGUUCGGGAACGAAAUUCGAGGACAACGAGUCUGGCGGCCUGGGUGAUGGCGAAGGAGCGAAAGACGUUUCGGAUCAAAUCCAAGACGAAGACCAGCUGGAUACUGCCCGUCAGCAGGGCCAGGAAGAAGAGAGCGAUGAGAAAGACGAUAAAAAUGGACCUAAAGAAGAAGAGAACGGUAUCGAGAUGAGCGAAGACUUUGACGCCGAGCUGCAGGAUCGCGAGAAGAAGGAGGAUGCCGACGGCGACGAGGAUAGCGGCAAAGAGGAUGACGAGGACGAAGACAAAAUGGAUAAGGAAAUGGGCGAUACGGGUGAGGAUGCUGAUCAAUUGGAAGAGAAAGUGUGGGGUAGCGACGAAGAAGACGAUGACGAUUCCGAUCAGGAUCAAGAGGAAGGUGAGGGAGACGGCCAAAAAACGGAAUCGGAAAUGACUGCCAAACAGGGGGAUGACGAGGAGCAGGAAGAUGGCGAGAACGACAAAGGACCGGAGAAGAAAAAGGAUAAACCUAAAAAUAUGGACGAUGAAGACGAUGAAAACGUCAAUGAUGAUCAGGUCGACCCGUAUCACACAUCGCAUGAACCUCCGCCGGAACCGGAACCCCUCGACGUGCCCGAUGAUCUCAAUCUUGACGGAGGCAAUCCUAAAGAUAAGGAUGAAGAAGAACUAGAUACGGAAGAAAAUCCAUUCGACAUUGACGCCAUGAAACACGAGCCAGAAUUGGAAGAAAAGGAUGGAGAAGAAGAAGAAGAUGCUAAGAAAGAGGAACAACCCAUUCCUGACGGUGCUGAAGAAGACGCAGGCGAAGACACUGCCGAAUCCAAAGAGAACGACCAAAAACCUAAGGAUGGUGAUGAAGAGGAAGACGGUGGAGAAGAGAGUAAAGAAAAAGAGAUGGAAGAAUCGGCGGAGGGGGAUGAUCCUCAAAAGGCAGAUGCUCCCGAUCAGGCUGUUCCUUCCAUGGAUCAGCCGUCCGAAACUGAAGCGCAGCCUGCCACUGAAGAGUCCGUCAAAGGGUCUCAAGACAAAACGGCCCGCAAAGACACGGCCGAAAAUAAGCCCGAAGAAGAUGGCGGCCAGAAUCAAGAGGCUGACAACGAAGAUGUUGAGGGUAUCGGAAUGGCCGAGUCGCGCCAAAACAAAGGCCACGAAGGUCAGGAACAGUCGAAAGUAAAUCGAAAAACGGCCAAGGAUGAGAAAGAGGAGGAAAAGGGAAAAGGCAAACCGAGGAAGCCUGGACAGUCGGAUCCCAACAGAGCUCUAGCAGAUCAACGCAAAGAGCGAGUCCUUCAGGUUCACACGACCGAGAAAAAGUCGCAACAAGACGAAGACGAAGGUCCCGAGCAAGAUGAAGACGCUGUUAACGAAGACAACCUCUUCGAACAUGUCAAGAAAGUCGACCAACUGUAUGACGCUCUCGCCAAAGACGCUGCAACUGAGGAGCAAGCCAAAGAACAGCUGUCUGUUUUGCAACAAAAGGAAGAAGAAGACUUGAAAGAUAAGCAAGAUGAAGCGGAAGAAGAUAUCGCCAUGAAGGAUGAAGAUGUCGAUGAAGAUCAAAGUUCCGUCGACCAGCGGGAAGCAGAAAAAGUAUCCGAUUCUAAGAAAAAAGGCCGAAGACGUGGCGAAGCGCAAGGCAUGGAAGAAGAUAUGGAAGAAAACCUCGUAGAAAUCGAAGGUGAAAUUGUUCCGACAUUGACUGCUCAGCGGGGGCCAGAGUCCAGUUUCAUGACUCAGCCGGAAUUAAUGGCACUCCCCGAAUCGGUCGUAUCCAUGGAAACCGUGGAAGAACUCAGGUGUGAUCUAGAACAACGGCUGGCUACAUGGUCAACAACACACAUCGAUGAUUCAGAGGGCCAGGAUACAUGGCGAAAACUAGAAAUGGUUACAUCGGGUCUGGCUCAAGAUUUGUGCGAACAGCUUCGGCUGAUUCUGGAACCGUCACAGGCUUCCAGAUUGAAGGGUGACUAUCGAACCGGAAAACGUCUGAACAUGCGAAAAGUGAUCCCCUAUAUUGCUAGUCAGUUUCGAAAAGAUCGUAUCUGGUUACGUCGCACUAAACCCGCUCAGAGGAAUUAUCAGAUUGUUUUGGCUGUCGACGAUUCUUCGAGUAUGGCUGAUAAUCGUUCCAAAGAAUUGGCGUUUGAAUCGGUGGCGCUAAUCAGCAAAGCGCUCUCUUUAUUGGAGGCCGGCCAACUUGGAGUCGUAUCCUUUGGUGAAAGCGUUCAGCUGCUGCACCCACUUCAUGAAACUUUCAAUGACACGAGUGGACCAAAGAUAUUGCAACAGUUCACUUUUGAGCAAAAGAAGACGAAAAUCUCGGAGCUGGUAGACUUCGUGAACGCGUUAAUGAGCCAUGCGCGUUCAACGUCAUCGGCGCAGUUGUCAUCGACCGCCCAGCUUUUGCUGAUUGUAUCGGACGGGCGCGGCUUGUUUAGUGAAGGAUCCGAAUGCGUUCAUCAAGCCAUCCGUCGCGCCAAACAGGCCGGUUUGUUCAUGGUAUUUGUCAUUCUCGACAAUCCGGAGGGUAAGGAUUCCAUUCUCGACAUUCGCGUGCCCAUCUUUGACUCAUCCAAUGGCAAACUUCUGGGUAUUAAGCCAUAUCUGGACAGUUUUCCUUUUCCCUUUUAUGUUAUUCUUCGCGAUAUUCAAACUUUACCAGUCGUCUUGAGCGACGCCCUUCGCCAAUGGUUCGAGUUGGUCACGUCCUCCUCCAACCUAUAAGACAAUGGAUUGUUUGUAUGUUCUAUGUUAAUUUCCAAAGUUUGUUUUCUUUUUUCUGUUUGUUUUGUUCCAAACUUGGAAUACAACAACUGUCGUUAAUUA